AUGCCUAACUCAGCUCAAGCAUACGAUCUCUUUAAUAGAUGUAAACUUGUUAAUGAUCUAUUUAAAGCUGAAGAAGCUAAAUAUCUGCUUGUUCUAAAUAAACUAUUGCGAUCUGUUUCUGAAGAAUCAGAUUAUAAAAAUGCUUUUAUAACAUAUAAUAAAAUUAAAGAUGAAGGUAAUGACAAUUUCAAACGUCAAGUCAAAUUUAAAAUGGGACUACACUUGCUUGCUGUUGCUAGUUGUGAAGAAAAUAUUGCAAAGGAUGUAAAGCUCAUUAUUGAAGCCGAACGUCUUGAACAAGAGCUUGAAUCUGCCAAGAAAGAAAAUGCGAACCUCGACAAAAAAUUCACUUUAAAGAAACAAGAGCUUGAAACCACCAAGAAAGAAAUUAUGAACCUUGACAAAAAACUCUCAAUAAAGGAAAAAGAGCUUGAAACCGCCAAGAAAGAAAAU